CCAGUACACACACAGACACAGACACAGGGACCAUCGUUCAAGAGCUUGAUUAGCACCCUCCAACCCUCAACACUCUUCAAGACCUACCGUCCCUCCGCCCUGUCCAUCCAUCAAACUUGUUAAUAUGGCCACUGCAUUACCGGCCGCUGGCCUGACUGGCCCUUCAAAUGCCACCUUCAGGGACAAGGAGAAGCCUUUGGCAGUCCGCUCUGCCAACAUUGUUGCAGCCAGAGCCGUCGCCGACGCCAUCCGAACAUCUCUGGGCCCCAGGGGCAUGGACAAGAUGAUCAGAAGCGGAAAGGGCGAGACCAUAAUCACAAACGACGGCAACACCAUGUUGAAGAGCAUGUCUGUCAUGCACCCCACCGCCAAGAUGUUGGUCAACCUUUCCGGCGCCCAGGACGUCGAGGCCGGAGAUGGAACAACCUCCGUCGUCGUCAUCUGCGGUGCCCUGCUCGGCGCUGCAGACAGGUUAUUGGGCAAGGGUAUCCACCCUUCAGUCAUUUCAGAGUCCUUCCAGAGAGCCGCCGCAGCAGCAGUCCAGAUCCUACACGACAUGUCCCAACCCGUAUCACUAUCCGACAGCUCCACCCUGCUCCAGGCCGCCAACACCUCCCUGUCCUCCAAGAUCGUCUCACAAUACUCUGGCCUCCUGGGUUCCAUGGCGGUCAGCGCCGUCACCAAGACGAUAGACAUCAAGACUGCAGACAACGUUGACCUCAAGAACAUCAGGAUCAUCAAGAAGGUCGGCGGCACCAUAGAAGACAGCGAGUUGGUUGACGGCGUCGUCCUCAGGCAGUCGGUCAUCAAGGGAGCAGGGGGCCCCAUCAGGAUGGAGAAGGCAAAGAUUGGUCUCAUCCAGUUCCAGCUCAGCCCCCCGAAACCAGACAUGGAGAACACAAUCGCCGUCAACGACUACCGCCAGAUGGACAAGAUCGUCAAGGAGGAGCGUCUGUACCUCCUGAACCUCGUCAAGAAGAUCAAGAAGGCCAAGUGCAAUGUCCUCUUGAUCCAGAAGUCCAUCCUCCGCGACGCUGUCAACGACCUUUCCCUACACUUCUUGGCCAAGCUCAACAUCUUAGCUGUCAAGGAUAUCGAGAGAGACGAGAUCGAGUUCAUUGCCAAGUCCACCGGAUGCAAGCCUAUUGCCGACAUCGACUCCUUCACCGAGGACAAGCUGGGAUCUGCCGACUUGGUCGAGGAGGCCCAGUCAAACGGUGCACGCAUGGUCAAGAUUCUAGGCACCAAGAGCGCCGGCAAGACUAUCAGUGUUGUCUGCAGAGGUGCCAACACCUUGAUUCUGGACGAGGCCGAGCGCUCUCUUCACGACGCCCUCUGUGUCAUCCGAUGUCUGGUCAAGAAGAAGGCUCUCAUUGCUGGUGGCGGUGCCGCCGAAAUUGAGAUCGCUGCACAACUCUCAAAGCAGGCACGUUCUUUGACAGGUACUGAGGCUAUCUGCUGGAAGGCCUUUGCAGAUGCUCUUGAGAUUAUUCCUACCACAUUGGCCGAGAAUGCUGGUCUAAACAGUAUCAAGGUCGUUACGGAAUUGAGGCAUCGCCACGAGAUGGGCGAGAAGAACGCAGGUGUUAGUAUCAAGAGCGGCGGAGUCAACAACAACAUUGCCAAGGAGAACGUACUACAGCCCCUUCUGGUCAGCACCAGCGCUAUCGAGCUUGCGGCCGAGACGGUGAAGAUGAUCCUGCGUAUUGACGAUAUCGCGCUUAGCCGAUAAAGGAAGAAAAGCCCCUCCCAAAGUAUCGAUAAUGUGUGAUGGAUGAACGACUCGCCUCACGGGGAAAAGAAACUGCCACAUACUGUUUGCCAGCUGUGGGCAAUGCUCGUAUGGAAGGCCGUAUUACAUAGAGAUGGAAGCGAUAUGACUGUCAAGAUUCCCACGAAGUUAUAGAUCAGGCAUGGAGUCUAGUAAUGACAAAAAUCAAACAGUAAAGAACCA